AUGGAGGCGCUGCUCUCCCUGUCGUUUGACAACAUCGCGUCAAAGGACACGGCCAAGAUCCGCAAAGGUCUGCGUCAGAUCGAGGGCAUGCUGGCACAUAUCUGCCUCGACGGUAGCAAAACAAAGCCCGCCACGCCAGGACACCGUCGCAAUCAAUCCGCCAUUAACUUGGGCGAACAGCAGAAUGCACCCAAGAAGCUAGGAGAGCUGUCAGAAGACCCUGCAUUUCGAGAGUUUUUCCGCCUGCAGGAUGGAUUCGAGUGGAACGUCACCACCCGGGUCGCAGACUGCCUUGAACGACUGCUCGGCAUGGGCAGCAGUAAGAAUGGCCAGAACGACAUGCUCAUCCUUGCGUCGCUGUCCAACCUCCAGGGCCUCCUCCUCCUGCACCCACCGUCGCGCAUCCUCUUUGGUCGCGAAGUCUACAUGAACAUCCUCCUCGACCUGCUCGACCCUUACAACUGCCCCGCCAUUCAGUCACAAUCGAUUCUCGUCCUCGUCACAGCGUUGCUCGCCACACCGCAAAACACGCGGAUAUUCGAGCAGAUGGACGGCCUGCUUACCAUCACAAGUUUGCAGAGCGACGAAGAGACAACGCAGAGCGUGAAGGUCAAGGUGCUCGAGUUCCUGUAUUUUUACCUUCUGCCUGAGGCACCCCCGCUGUCGAGGAAGCUUGCCAGUGCGUUCGAGAGGCGAGGCAGUACCGACAGCACCAAGAGCGUCACGAACAAGAACACCCGGUCGCAAGAAGAGAAGCAGCGCAUGCUGGGAAAGUACAUCGCCAACGUCGAUUGCCUGUUCGAGGACAUGCAGGACUCUGACCCAUUCACCAGCGUUCGGGUAUGA